CGGGAGAAAAGCUGACGACGAGGUUUUCCGUUCCUCGACAAACCCCGUCCGGCGGCCGAUAGACGUAAAACGAGUCCGGCGUCCGAAUCGUUGACGCCUCGACGUGAAAAAUCAGCUCGGAAAAGUCGGAAAAUCGGCCGGCCGAGGUUCGGCGGAAAAUCGAUGCAAUUUCCAAGCCGGGGUCACGUGACGGUCGCGGGCCAAUCGGAACGCCGGCCCGGAUUCAAAGCGCCUCCCCACCUCACGACCAUUUCUCGUGAGUAAUCCUCGGCGUCCGGAAAAAGGACUCUGGACUUGGGGAAUUUCGACGAAACCUAGACAAAGGAGAAAUACGAUGGGGACGGACACGGAUCGGAUAACGACGAACGGAGAUUCGAACCCAUGAUAUUAUUCUUGGAGUCCAAUGAUGAUUCGGCCUAACUGUCUUACACAGACGCCAAGGCAUAAGGCGUAUUUACCACACUAAUGAAAACCUCAGAGACAAUUGAGUCCUGGACAGACCACCCUAAUCCCAAACCAAUCAAGGCUCCUAAACUAAACCUCCUCCACCCAUCACGAUCCCAAUGUUCCAAAUCUCUGAAGAAAUCUAUUAAAUACCACCUCAUGUUACUUCAAAGUUACAGGAGUGUGGCAAAAAUGCAGCAAGUGGAAACAGCACAACAAAAUAACACAGGAGGUAUGGGUAAGAGUGGUAGCGAAAUCGGAGGAACCAGCAGUGCGGGAAACUUGUCUGUCGCCACAGUCAGUGCGACUACAAGCUCGACGACCUUGGAACCACCACCAAGGGAAGAGCCGCACAUCGAGCCGGUUAAUGGGGUUGUACAACCACCAGUCAUCCCUCCUCCACAUCGGCCUGGCAGGGUUACCAACCAGCUUCAGUUCAUACUCAAGUUAGUCAGACUCAUGUGGAAGCACCAAUAUGCGUGGCCACUGCUCCAGCCUGUCGAUGCCAAUACUCUCAACCUUCCUGAUUAUCACAAAGUUAUUAAGCAUCCAAUGGAUUUAGGAACAAUUAAGAAACGUUUAGAAAACAAUUAUUACUGGUGUGGCCAGGAAUGCAUUCAGGAUUUUAACACGAUGUUUAAUAACUGCUAUGUUUAUAAUAAACCAGGAGAAGAUGUAGUUUUCAUGGCUCAAACACUAGAAAAGCUCUAUCUAUCCAAGCUUGAGGCAAUGCCAAAGGAAGAGAUAGAGCUGGAACCACCGACUCCAAGAGGUGGAGCCAGGGGUGCCAGGAAAGCCAGAGGUGGUACGAAUGCUCCACGUCGCACUGGCGGAAGGGGAAGGCCAUCGACUGCAAGCACUGGUGGUGGACCUGUGGGCAGCUUGCCCACCACCACCACGACGACCAUUUCUGCUCCAGUUACGCCGACAUCCACCCAACACAUCCCUCCUCCUAUUCCAGGUUCGACAGCGACACCCACUGUCCCAACGCCUCAUCAGAACUCGCUGCCCUCUCAGGUUGCCCAACAACCUGUACCAACACCUCCGGGCUUUGGAACCCCUACUGACCCACUCCUGACACCGGGGCUCGCCCCUGGUGUUGGGCCCAAAGGUGGGAAAGGAGCAGUUGUCCCCCCUAGCACUCCCAAAGUCAAAAAAGGGGUCAAAAGAAAGGCUGAUACAGCAAACGACAGCCCUGCCGGAUUCGAUCCUCCAUAUAUCCCCGGCGACUCCAAAGCCGCUAAACUUGGCACUAGGAGGGAGUCUGCGCGACAAAUAAAAAAGCCUCAAAGAAGAGUUGAAGAGGAGCUUGCAUAUGGUCAGAUGCAGUUGAUGCCAUUUUCUGGUACCAAUAAUCAGGCUGGCCAUGAAAAGCCCAAAGAGAAACUUAGCGAAACGCUCAAGUCCUGUAAUGAAAUCCUUAAAGAGCUUUUUUCAAAAAAGCACUUCAAUUAUGCCUGGCCAUUUUACAAACCUGUUGAUGCGGAGUGGUUAGGAUUACAUGACUAUCAUGACAUUAUUAAAAAACCCAUGGACUUAGGGACAGUCAAGCAAAAAAUGGAUAACCGUGAAUACAAAACUGCAGCUGAGUUUGCUGCUGAUGUGAGACUAAUAUUUACUAACUGUUAUAAAUACAAUCCUCCAGACCACGACGUGGUUGCAAUGGGGAGGAAGCUACAAGACGUUUUUGAAAUGAGGUUUGCUAAAGUACCUGACGAUACACCUGUUCCCGUAGUUCAAGAAAAAGAAGAGUCAACAGGGGAAUCUGGUUCUUCUUCUGCAUCUGGUUCUGAAACCGAUGAUUCAGAGGAUGAAAGAGCAAGAAAACUAGUUAUUCUCCAAGAGCAACUUAAAGUCAUGCAAGAACAAAUGAGGAAGUUAGUUGAAGAGAGUAGUAACAAGAAAAAGAAAAAAAAGAAAGAAGGCUCUGGUUCUGGAGGUAGUGCAUCUUCCAAUAAAAAACUACGAAAGUCACAAGACAGGACAGUAGGGAAAGUCAACGAUGUGGCUGGAACUGUGCCAGCGAUGGCCAUGCCCGGGAUUGGGCCCGAAUUGAAACCUGUCGAAUCCUUAAAGACUGCUGGUAUGAUCAACAGAAACGCUGUUGCUGCACCACCGCCUAAGCCGAACAAGAGUAAGCCACCAGGCAGGACGCCCGGUAAAACAUCAACCAAUGCCCAGGGGAAACGGCUGAAGCCUAAUUCGAGGACAAACAACCCCAAAAAGAAGAACGCUUCAUUACAGCCUGCUAUUGACUCUGAAGACGAGGACUAUGCUAAGCCCAUGUCUUACGAUGAAAAGAGGCAGCUUAGUUUGGAUAUAAAUAAAUUACCAGGGGAUAAACUUGGCAAAGUUGUACAUAUUAUCCAGUCAAGAGAACCCUCGCUUAGAGAUUCCAAUCCUGAUGAGAUUGAAAUUGAUUUUGAAACUCUCAAACCAUCUACCCUCCGAGAGUUAGAAUCAUAUGUUGCAUCAUGCCUCAGGAAAAAGCCACGUAAGCCUUACUAUAAAAAAGUGUCUGGAAAGUCGAAAGAUGAGGCGAUGGCUGAAAAAAAACAGGAGCUUGAGAAAAGGCUGCAAGACGUGACUGGCCAACUAGGUUCAACAAAGAAGCAAGCAAAGAAAGGUGCUCCUGCAAGACUGUCAGCAUCGUCCUCCACAAGCUCUGACACUGACUCCAGCACUUCGAGCCUCUCAAGUAGUUCCUCAGAUUCGUCGGAUAGUGAAGCAGGAAGGGCUGGUCGACCACCACGAAAGAAAAAUAAGAAAAACCAUCAACUUCCUACCACGAGCACACCUGCUACAACAGUAGCACCUACUGUUACCAUGACCAAUGUGACCACUCCUGUGGGACAGAUCAACAACAACAAACCGCCAGCACCGGCCCAGAUCGGGAUUUCUGAAAACAAGCCUAUCACCACCGGGGUCACCCCUCAGCCUGAACCAGGCUUGAUGAAACCUGUAGUCGCUUCACACGCCUUGCCUCCUCAACCUGCAAGGCCUUCUGCAACAGCAACUGCAGCUCCUAUUGCUCCAAAAAGGCCUAGUAUAACAUCAACUAUGCCACCGGCACUCGAUAAGUUCGGCCAGUACCCUGCAGUUAUGCCAAAAAUGGGAACCACCACUUCCAUUCCGACACUAGACACAAAUACAAGCACGACAGCAGUUCCUAGUGGCUUUCCUAUCAAACAAGAAAUCCCUUCGGUUGUGACACCUCCAGUUUCACUUCCAUCGACAGUCUCAAUUUUAAUGCCUGACCUACAAGAUAUCAAAACAGAGCCUGAACCUAUUGUUACUUCUCUACCUUCAGUUUUUGAUCCACUUCCAGAUUCACCGAUUAAAGAGGAAAAACCACCAGUACCAAUUCUACCGCAUCAUAAUGAUGGAUUAGGCCUAGGUAACUCUAUCCCGGUGAGCAUUCCUCCUCCGACAAUUAUUCCGACAGGACUUCCAGUCCAACCUCAUUUGGACAUGAACAAAAACUCUCAGCCACCUCCGACACUCCCGCAGACACCAAACCUUCAACAUGCUUUUAAACCUAAGACGAUAGAACAAAAUGUUAAGAACGCAAGUUCUUGGUCUUCUCUUGCCCAGUCACCGACUCCCGCCAUUACCCCAACUCUACCGACUGCUCCAUCAUUUAAAACAGCCAUGGCGGACAGUUUCCAAGCUUUCAAAAAACAAGCAAAGGAGAAGGCCAAGAAGCAAAGAGCCUUAAUUGAGCAACAGGAGCUGAGAAGACACCAGAAAGAGCAAGCCGAAAAAGAAAGGCUCAGAGUCGAGAUUGAAAAGAGGAGGGAGCGUGAAGAGGAGGAAGCAUUGGAAAAGGCCAGGAAAGCUGCGUUUGAAGCUUCCCGAGUUGAUGAAGUGAAAACCAUAAAUCAACAAGACAGUUCUAAUCCAGGGACGCCUGCUGAAAAAGCUGCAGCUGAUAGAGAAAGACUGAGGCUUAGGGAACAAGAAAGAAGAAGAAGAGAAGCUUUGGCAAACCAAAUCGACAUGAACAGGCAGAGCGACUUAUUAGCAGAGUUUGAGGAAUCUUUGUAAAUUAUUAAUUAAGCAAUAUGGAUUUAUUUUAUAUGUUUAAAAAGGCUGGUGCAAUGUAAAUAUGAUAUAAUUAAUUAUUCA